UUUUCCCACCGUCGUCGGGCAGUGUCGCUGGAGGCCCGAAGGUCGCCGUGAUCUACAUCGCCGCAGCACCAACACUCACGCCAUGGACGUCUCCGGAUCUGCUCCUUCCGCCAACGACGACCAAGCGCUGAAUGCGAUGCACUUCAUUAGUGCAAUUCCAAAGCUGACGGGACAGAACUAUGUUCUGUGGCGCGAGGAACUUGAUGCUGCUCUAGCACUUGCUGAGAUAGAUUUGGCUCUUCAGGAGCCAAAGCCCACUGAGCCAGAGGAGCCCGAAAGGGCUCAGAAUGAGACCGAUGAAGCUUUUGCUAAUCGGAAGCGAGACUUUGCUCCCAUCAGAGCAAAGUAUGAUCUUGAGAAGUACAAGUGGGAAAAGUCAAACCGCAAGUGCAAGAUUGUCAUCAAGAAAACCAUCACAGAGGGCCUAAGAGGUGCCAUCCCAGAAUGUGAGACAGCAAAA